GAGCGGAGCGGAGGCGGAAGCCGCGCCGAUGAGUUGUGCGCGCUGGGCAGCGGCCGUGCGGAGUCCCGCGCUGUGCCGAGUGACCCCGGCCGGCCAAGGAUGAUUACGAACACGCGGGGCUUCCUGUGGUCGGAUCUGGAGACGCGGGCGCUGCUGGAGAUCUGGGGCGAGGCGGACGUGCAGUCGGCGCUGGACGGCAACUUUCGGAACAGCCAUGUGUACCGGGACGUGGCGUGCCGCCUGGCCGAGCUGGGCUUCGAGCGCACCCCCGAGCAGUGCCGCAUCCGCAUCAAGGGCCUCAAGCGGCAGUACUACCAGGCCCGGGACGGGCUGAAGAAGAACGGGCACGCCCGCAAGAUAUGCAAGUACUACGACGAGAUGGACCGGAUCCUCAGCUGCCGGGGGGGCCCCGACGGCGCCCCCGAGCCGCUCGUCCCGCCGCCCGACGGCGCCCAGCCGCCCGCGGGGCCGCUCGCCGCGCCGCCCACGCCGGGCACGCCGCACAACCGCCGCGAGCUGGACGCCGAACUGGACGAGGACGCCGGGCCGGAGUCCCCCCGCGACAACUUCACCGAGGAUUCCGGCGAGUGCUCUUCCUACGCCGACCACCCCAUCAAGGUGGAGUGCCCGUCCUUCGCCAUCCCCGUGCCGCCCGGUGACGGCUUUAAAGAAGUCAAUGCUCCAACUAUUACCCCACCUCUCAAUCAGCCCAAAAGAUCAAAAAAACGCCAUACAAAUCUGACAUUGGAUAAAAUGAUGGAAAAAUUCCUGCAGCAGAGCAUGGAUACAGAUGAGAAAUUUUACAGAUUCGAAGAGCAGAGGCUCAAAAUUGAGGACAAGCGUCGGGAAGCUGAGCAUGCUCGAGAACUCCAGAUGUUACAGAUGUUGGGACAGAUGUUGGCUGGAAUUUCUUCUACCGUAUCACAAAGGUCACAAUCUAUACCGGCAAGUCCACCUCGGAGAGCGAACCAUCGUUCAUAUGCGGAUAACUUUAAUUAUAAUGCUAUGACAGCAACACUUUCUCCACCGAUAGUUAUAGAGAGAUCUUUUUCACUGCACAGGACACACACUCUGAAGGAUAUGGAGAAUAUUUUUCAGCUGGUGCGCAAUGUUAUCCCUCCUCUAACAGGGAAAAAGCAUAAAGGUCAAGAUGGUCGUAUAGGCAUUGUUGGAGGAUGUCGAGAAUACACUGGAGCACCGUAUUUUGCUGCAAUUACAGCUCUCAAAGUGGGUGCAGAUUUAUCCCAUGUGUUUUGUACCAAAGAUGCAGCAACAGUAAUCAAAUCAUAUAGUCCAGAGCUGAUUGUUCAUCCUGUUCUUGAUAGUCCCAAUGCUAUCCAUGAGGUGGAAAAGUGGUUACCACGGCUGCACUCAGUUGUCAUAGGACCUGGCUUAGGUAGAGAUGAAGUUCUGCUUGAGAAUGCUAAGGGUAUUAUAGAGAAGUCGAAAGUGAAAGGAAUUCCUAUCAUUAUUGAUGCAGAUGGACUGUGGCUCAUUUCCCAGCAGCCUUCUCUAAUUCAAGGCUACCAGCGAGCUAUUCUUACUCCAAACUAUAUGGAGUUCAGUAGACUGUAUGAAGCCAUGCUUAGAGACCCCGUAGACAGUAGUGAUCAUCAUGGAUGUGUGUUGAGACUCAGCCAAGCCAUGGGGAAUUUGACAGUUGUGCAAAAGGGAGAAAGAGAUCUUAUUUCAGAUGGAGAGAAGGUACUUGUGUGCAGUCAUGAAGGAAGCAGCCGGAGAUGUGGUGGACAGGGGGACCUCCUUUCUGGCUCUCUUGGAGUCAUGGCACACUGGGCAUUUGUUGCUGGAGCUGAAAAAACAAAUGGUCAAAAUCCCUUUCUAGUGGCUGCAUUUGGAGCUUGCUCUCUCACAAGGCAGUCUAACCACCAAGCCUUUCAGAAAUUCGGACGUUCAAUGACAGCCUCUGACAUGAUUUCAGAAGUUGGAACAGCUUUUAACAAACUUUUUGAAACCUGAAGCCAAAGCUGCAGAGAAGAAGAAAAGGAAGAACAAUGACUGCAAGAGUAAUUACAUGUACCGUAGAAUUUACAUAAUGCACCCUUUCAAGUGCUGUAGCAGCAUUGGUAUGUUAGGUAGAUAUUUUUUAUUUUUAAGAAUAGAAAAAUAUGAUUAAUGUAGAUAUUUUUUAAGAGUUUGGAAUACAAAAAUGUUUUGGCUGAAAUAAGCUGUAGUUGCAGAACUGUUAUAAUAUAAUAAAACUAAACUGAAAGUA